GAUGACAUCUUCGAGUUUCACUUCGCCGUCUUCGGACCGCCGCGAACGGCGUUCGAGCGCGGGAUAUACCACGGACGGAUACUGCUGCCGCCGGAGUACCCGUUCAAGCCGCCGUCGUUCGUGCUGCUGACGGCGAACGGACGAUUCGAGACGGGGACGAAGAUUUGCCUGAGCAUCUCGCAGCAUCACCCGAAGCAGUGGCAGCCGAGCUGGUCGAUACGGGCGGCGCUGACGGCGAUGCGGGCGUUUUUCCCGACGCCGCCGGAGGGCGCGGUGGGAUCGCUGGAUUGGAGCGACGACGUCAGGCGAGAGCUGGCGGAGGCGAGCUGGCGA